UUUUUUUUUCCCUUGCCCUCCUGUAGUGGUACCUCGAUAGGAACCCAGCUUUUUCCCUUAUCACGGACCUUUACACAAAAUAACCGAAGAAUUAGGAAUAUGGAAGGACCCUUACGCCCAUUCACCGAUCCGGCCAGUAAGGCCUCGGACAGGGCAUUCCCGCUGGAUGAUAAGGACAUCAAUUGCGUCUCCGAUGAGUCUCUCAUCGACCUCUUAAAGUCUUCUCCGAUCCUUUACGAUUUCGGCCAAACGACGGUGGUGCGAUUGUCUAAGAAUCUCGUUUUAAAAGGCGGCGGCAAUGUGCUGCCUUGCGAGGCAAAGAUUCUUCAACUAGUCGCAUCAAAGUCUAAUAUUCGAGCUCCUCGUGUCCAUCGGUCUCUCCACUUCAUGGACGAUACGAAAUAUUUUGGCAACAUGGGAUAUAUUGUGAUGGAUUAUAUCGACGGCGAGCCGCUUGAUGGCUGCUGGAGAGAACUCAGUGAUGAACAAAAGAUGGAUGUCGCGAAGCAGACGGCCCAGAUGAUCAUUGAAAUGCAGUCCAUCAAGCUGUUGGAGCCAGGCCCGAUCGGCGGGGGCCCAUGUCGCGGUCGCUUCUUCACGCACUACAGCGCCGGGCCUUUCAAGGACGUGGCCGAAUUCGAGGGCUGGUUCAACCACAAGCUGGACAUCUGUAAAGCAUACAAGCACGCAUCGCCAGACCUUCCGCCCUUCAAGUUCACCGAGUUUGUUCUCACCCACCAGGACAUCAGUCCGCGGAACCUUAUUCUGGACCGAAACGGCCUUGUGUGGCUCGUGGACUGGGCAGAUGCGGGUUCGUAUCCCCCGGCCUUCGAAAUGGCAGCUCUAUGCUCUCAGUCUCAGUUCAUCGACUUUAAUGACAUGGUGCUGUCAUUACUCCCGCGAUACCCUUUAGAAGAACAGCAAUUAGAUUCCAUUGGAUACGCCCUCUCAACAGCUGCACUGGCUUGAUUAUUCCUGGAUGGACGCCGCCUUAAACAUACCCAGUCGUCCUCAACUUGGCGAUCCUCGCUCGAACCACACUUUCACUACGACGGAAGGCAGGUUAAUACAAUGGAUUAUGAUAUGGCCUCAAGGCUAACACUACUUGAGAUGCAGCGUACUGCUCUCAAAAACCCGUUGUUCAGACACUCAUCAAAUGGAUACAACCAACCAGGGCAGAAGAACGAUCUCAACGCAACAGAUGUACACAACAGUCCACGACCACUGCGCAGAUCUACGUGUCCUAAACCCGACCUUCGGUUAUUCCGCCUUGACUCGUAUCGUCGCUCACUCCAGUAGCCUCAGAAAUAGUGCUAAGAAUUAGUUUGUUGGAAGCAUCAGAAUGAAUCAUGGAUAUGAGUUGGGAAGUAUCCUCUCGGUCAGCACGGCGUAGAAGAUGUAAGAGUCGUUCUAGAAUAUUUGUAUUAUCU